AUGGGCCUCUUGGUCAAUCAUACCAAGAGCUCCGUCUUGUCGAUGGUGCCAGACGGGAAGCGCAAGAAGCACCACUAUCUGACCGGGAAGAAUUUCCGGAUAGGUCGGAAGUGGCUGCCUCAAACCUCUUGCGUGGAACGUUGGCGCUAUCUGGGCAUCGACUUUCAGGCGUCUGGAUGCGUGACGUUAGAGCAUAAUAUCAAAGUUGCCUUGACCAACAUCUCAAAGGCACCCCUCAAGCCGCAGCAGCGGCUCGAAAUUGUGAGGGGACACCUUAUUCCGAGAUUUUUGCAUGGCCUUGUGCUAGGUAAUAUCUCGGAUGAUAGGUUGUGUAUGCUCGACGUCCAGAUCCGGGGUGCGGUUAGGACUUGGCUGAGGCUCCCGAAGGACGUGCCUGUCGGGUACUUCCAUGCCGACAUCAAGGACGGCGGCCUAGCGAUCCCAUCGCUUCGGGCGACCGUCCCGGACCUCAUACUUAAGAGGUUCGGGCGGCUCGACUCGUCGAGUUGGUCAGUGGCAAAGGCCGCCGCCAGAUCCGAAAGGAUCCGUAAGAAGUUGAGCUGGGCCGACAAGCAAUUCCGAAAGUUCACCAGAGAGGAUCCGGUCACGGGCCUUAGGUCCGUCGCACGGUUUUGGCGCGAGAGACUGUGGAGCUCAGUGGACGGGUUCGAGUUGCGCGAAUCCGCCCGCACUCCCGCGUCCACGAAGUGGAUUCGGGAGGAGUCUUCGCAUGUCUCUGGUCGGGACUUCGUGCAGUUCGUCCACACACACAUUAAUGCCCUCCCGUCACGGGUUCGGACAUCCAGAGGGCGCAGGAUUGGUCGUGAGGCGGAGUUGAACUGCCGCGCCGGGUGCGUGGUUAGGGAGACGACGGCUCACACCAUCCAGCAAUGUUGGCGGACGCACGGGGGCCGGAUAUUGCGCCACGAUCGUGUUGUGAAGCUAGUAGCAGACGCGAUGGCUUCAGACCAAUGGUCGGUGGUGACGGAGCCACAUGUCAAGACCUCGAAAGGCCUUCGGAAGCCCGACAUAGUAGCCGCUAAAGGGGGCGUCGGAGUGAUCGUGGACGUGCAGGUGGUCUCGGGCCAGCGGCCUCUCGAUGAUGCUCACCGCUCAAAGGUAGGGAUGCAGGAAUCCAUCGACCGUGUGUUCGAGGUUGCGUCGUCGAUGGGCCUCUUGGUCAAUCAUACCAAGAGCUCCGUCUUGUCGAUGGUGCCAGACGGGAAGCGCAAGAAGCACCACUAUCUGACCGGGAAGAAUUUCCGGAUAGGUCGGAAGUGGCUGCCUCAAACCUCUUGCGUGGAACGUUGGCGCUAUCUGGGCAUCGACUUUCAGGCGUCUGGAUGCGUGACGUUAGAGCAUAAUAUCAAAGUUGCCUUGACCAACAUCUCAAAGGCACCCCUCAAGCCGCAGCAGCGGCUCGAAAUUGUGAGGGGACACCUUAUUCCGAGAUUUUUGCAUGGCCUUGUGCUAGGUAAUAUCUCGGAUGAUAGGUUGUGUAUGCUCGACGUCCAGAUCCGGGGUGCGGUUAGGACUUGGCUGAGGCUCCCGAAGGACGUGCCUGUCGGGUACUUCCAUGCCGACAUCAAGGACGGCGGCCUAGCGAUCCCAUCGCUUCGGGCGACCGUUCCGGACCUCAUACUUAAGAGGUUCGGGCGGCUCGACUCGUCGAGUUGGUCAGUGGCAAAGGCCGCCGCCAGAUCCGAAAGGAUCCGUAAGAAGUUGAGCUGGGCCGACAAGCAAUUCCGAAAGUUCACCAGAGAGGAUCCGGUCACGGGCCUUAGGUCCGUCGCACGGUUUUGGCGCGAGAGACUGUGGAGCUCAGUGGACGGGUUCGAGUUGCGCGAAUCCGCCCGCACUCCCGCGUCCACGAAGUGGAUUCGGGAGGAGUCUUCGCAUGUCUCUGGUCGGGACUUCGUGCAGUUCGUCCACACACACAUUAAUGCCCUCCCGUCACGGGUUCGGACAUCCAGAGGGCGCAGGAUUGGUCGUGAGGCGGAGUUGAACUGCCGCGCCGGGUGCGUGGUUAGGGAGACGACGGCUCACACCAUCCAGCAAUGUUGGCGGACGCACGGGGGCCGGAUAUUGCGCCACGAUCGUGUUGUGAAGCUAGUAGCAGACGCGAUGGCUUCAGACCAAUGGUCGGUGGUGACGGAGCCACAUGUCAAGACCUCGAAAGGCCUUCGGAAGCCCGACAUAGUAGCCGCUAAAGGGGGCGUCGGAGUGAUCGUGGACGUGCAGGCGUCUGGAUGCGUGACGUUAGAGCAUAAUAUCAAAGUUGCCUUGACCAACAUCUCAAAGGCACCCCUCAAGCCGCAGCAGCGGCUCGAAAUUGUGAGGGGACACCUUAUUCCGAGAUUUUUGCAUGGCCUUGUGCUAGGUAAUAUCUCGGAUGAUAGGUUGUGUAUGCUCGACGUCCAGAUCCGGGGUGCGGUUAGGACUUGGCUGAGGCUCCCGAAGGACGUGCCUGUCGGGUACUUCCAUGCCGACAUCAAGGACGGCGGCCUAGCGAUCCCAUCGCUUCGGGCGACCGUCCCGGACCUCAUACUUAAGAGGUUCGGGCGGCUCGACUCGUCGAGUUGGUCAGUGGCAAAGGCCGCCGCCAGAUCCGAAAGGAUCCGUAAGAAGUUGAGCUGGGCCGACAAGCAAUUCCGAAAGUUCACCAGAGAGGAUCCGGUCACGGGCCUUAGGUCCGUCGCACGGUUUUGGCGCGAGAGACUGUGGAGCUCAGUGGACGGGUUCGAGUUGCGCGAAUCCGCCCGCACUCCCGCGUCCACGAAGUGGAUUCGGGAGGAGUCUUCGCAUGUCUCUGGUCGGGACUUCGUGCAGUUCGUCCACACACACAUUAAUGCCCUCCCGUCACGGGUUCGGACAUCCAGAGGGCGCAGGAUUGGUCGUGAGGCGGAGUUGAACUGCCGCGCCGGGUGCGUGGUUAGGGAGACGACGGCUCACACCAUCCAGCAAUGUUGGCGGACGCACGGGGGCCGGAUAUUGCGCCACGAUCGUGUUGUGAAGCUAGUAGCAGACGCGAUGGCUUCAGACCAAUGGUCGGUGGUGACGGAGCCACAUGUCAAGACCUCGAAAGGCCUUCGGAAGCCCGACAUAGUAGCCGCUAAAGGGGGCGUCGGAGUGAUCGUGGACGUGCAGGCGUCUGGAUGCGUGACGUUAGAGCAUAAUAUCAAAGUUGCCUUGACCAACAUCUCAAAGGCACCCCUCAAGCCGCAGCAGCGGCUCGAAAUUGUGAGGGGACACCUUAUUCCGAGAUUUUUGCAUGGCCUUGUGCUAGGUAAUAUCUCGGAUGAUAGGUUGUGUAUGCUCGACGUCCAGAUCCGGGGUGCGGUUAGGACUUGGCUGAGGCUCCCGAAGGACGUGCCUGUCGGGUACUUCCAUGCCGACAUCAAGGACGGCGGCCUAGCGAUCCCAUCGCUUCGGGCGACCGUCCCGGACCUCAUACUUAAGAGGUUCGGGCGGCUCGACUCGUCGAGUUGGUCAGUGGCAAAGGCCGCCGCCAGAUCCGAAAGGAUCCGUAAGAAGUUGAGCUGGGCCGACAAGCAAUUCCGAAAGUUCACCAGAGAGGAUCCGGUCACGGGCCUUAGGUCCGUCGCACGGUUUUGGCGCGAGAGACUGUGGAGCUCAGUGGACGGGUUCGAGUUGCGCGAAUCCGCCCGCACUCCCGCGUCCACGAAGUGGAUUCGGGAGGAGUCUUCGCAUGUCUCUGGUCGGGACUUCGUGCAGUUCGUCCACACACACAUUAAUGCCCUCCCGUCACGGGUUCGGACAUCCAGAGGGCGCAGGAUUGGUCGUGAGGCGGAGUUGAACUGCCGCGCCGGGUGCGUGGUUAGGGAGACGACGGCUCACACCAUCCAGCAAUGUUGGCGGACGCACGGGGGCCGGAUAUUGCGCCACGAUCGUGUUGUGAAGCUAGUAGCAGACGCGAUGGCUUCAGACCAAUGGUCGGUGGUGACGGAGCCACAUGUCAAGACCUCGAAAGGCCUUCGGAAGCCCGACAUAGUAGCCGCUAAAGGGGGCGUCGGAGUGAUCGUGGACGUGCAGGUGGUCUCGGGCCAGCGGCCUCUCGAUGAUGCUCACCGAAUUGACGGAAGGGCACCACCAGGAGUGGAGCCUGCGGCUUAA